UUUCUGGCGGAGGAAUUAACCUGUGAACUGAUCAGAUGGAUAACUCGAGCUGUUUGUGGGCUGUGUUUGUGCUCGCGCUCUCUCUGGGCUUCAGGAUAGAGGAGGGCGCGUGCCAACACUACUAUCUCCUCCGGCCCAUCCCCAGCGACACGCUGCCCAUUCUGGACCUGCACGAGGACCCGGACCCGGUGCUGGAUCCCCGGGAGAAGGACUUGAACGAGACGGAGCUCCGGAGCGCUCUGGGGAGCCACUUCGACCCGCAGUCCAUGUCCCUGUCCCCGCCGGAGGACAAGCACGCGGGCAGCGAGGACGCGAGCGACGCGAGCCUGCGGCUGAAGCUCUCCGGAGCGAUGCCCAAAGACAUCCGGGCCAUGGAGUUCGAGGUGCAGCACGGAAAGAAGCAGAAGCCGAGCAAGAAGCUGCGCCGGCGGCUGCAGCUGUGGCUGUGGUCGUACACCGGCUGCCCGGUGGUUUACGCCUGGAACGACCUGGGCAGCCGCUUCUGGCCGCGCUACCUGAAGGUGGGCAGCUGCUACAAUAAACGCUCCUGUUCCAUCCCCGAAGGGAUGUUCUGCAAAGCUGCCAAAUCGACUCAUUUUACGAUCCUGCGAUGGCGCUGCCUGCAGAAAAAGGGCGCUCUGAAAUGCGCCUGGAUCCCGGUCCAGUACCCGGUCAUCACCGAGUGCAAGUGCUCGUGCCUCAACUGA